GUGGGGGGUUUCUGUAGUUUGUUGUCCAUCUCGGCCACGUGCAGCAUGGAACUAAAAAAAAUGAAGCCUCUAAAAGAUGAUACUGCCGAAUCCCCGCCAGAUUCAGCGACUCGGAAGCGCCGCAACCCGUUCAACACUCAGCGCCUAAAGGAAGAGAAGGAACGCCGGCAGAAAAAGAGGGCCCGACUCAUUGUACGCAACAUCAGCUACAAGUCCACCGAUGAGUCGAUGCGGGAGUAUUUUGGGCAGUGGGGAACACUAGAGGAUGUGCAAAUCCUGAAACGUGGGGACGGAAAGCUAGUAGGCUGCGCCUUCGUGCAAUACGAGACCAUUAAUCAGGCCACCAAGGCGAUUCUUCACUCCAACGGAAAGGAGCUGCUGGGACGGAAAGUUUUUGUGGAUUGGGCUCUGGGCAAGGAUGAAUACACGGCCAAGAACCCCAAGGAGGAGGAGCCGGAGGAAAAGAAGCCAAAAGUGGAGGCAAAGGAACAAAACGGGAACGAGGCGGAAGUCAAGGAAGAAAGCGACGAAGAUUCUAAAGAGGAAGAGGUCGACUCUGGGGAAGACUCUGAUGGCGAAUCGGAUGAAGAUGACGCGAGUAACGACGAACCUGAAGAGGAAGAUGAAGAUCGAAAAGAAGAUAAAGACGAAUUGAAAUCAAAACUAAAUAUCGAAAAUGUCAAAAAGCAAAAGCAAAUCUCCAACGACGUCCAGCAAGGGUGCACGGUUUUCAUCAAAAACGUUCCUUUCGAUGCCGAGGAUGUGGAUCUACGAAAGGUGUGCCGCAAGUUUGGCCUGGUCAACUAUGCCAUAAUCAAUCGCCAGGCGGUUUCUGGACACUCAAAAGGAACAGCUUUUGUUAAAUUCAAGGCAAAGGAGUCAGCCGAUCUCUGCCUGCAAGCUGGCACAGAGUUCAAGCUAAAUGAUGAAGUCCUGGAUCCUCACCCCGCUCUAAGCCGAGAAGAAAUGAAGUCAAAGCAGUCGCAGGAUAACAAAAAAGACGACGCAAAGGACUCUCGAAACCUUUAUUUGGCCAGAGAAGGUCUUAUCAUGUCUGGAGCUAAGGCAGCUGAUGGAGUUUCUGCUUCAGAUAUGGCUAAGCGCCAUGAACUGGAACAGGUAAAGACGCAGGUGCUCAAAAACUUAAACCGCUUUGUUUCCCGCAAUCGGUUGUCCAUCCACAAUCUGCCCCAGAACUACGACAACGAAAAGCUGAAACAAAUGGCUCAGACCUACACUGGUUUCCGGCCCCAUGAAUGCCGUGUUAUGAGGGAACACAAGGUUACUCCUGAGCAUCCACAAGGCAAGUCCAAGGGUUUUGGCUUCCUCUCCUUUGACACGCAUCAGAGGGCUUUGACGGCGCUUCGGAAACUGAACAACAAUCCCAGUAUCUUUGGAGCCCAGAGUCGCCCCAUCGUCGCAUUUAGUAUAGAGGAUCGAGCUGUGCAUAAAAUUAAGGAGAAGCGCGAAGAGCGCUCCAAGCAGAACAAUCCCACCUUCCAGAACAAACAGCAGCAGCGUAAGGAGCGGCGCCAGGAAAAGCGUAACGGUCAGAAGGCCAAACCACCGGUUCCCCAGACAGACAACAAAGCCAAGCUGCAGAAACACAUCAAGAAAUUGGAGGCUUCUCGAGCGGCCAAAGUUGAGGGUAAAGCCGCAGAGAAAAAGCAACUUAGCGAUGUGCAGAGCGACUAUGUGGGCACGGCAGCCAAGCCGGGCACCUCACUAAAGAUGCGCUCCAAAAAGAAGAUUAUAGAACAGGCCAAGGAGCACAUGAAGAAGGUGAAGACCGAGAAACGCAAGAAGAAAAACAAGAAGAUACGGGAAUCCCAUCUGGCAGAGCGCAAGGCGAACAAUCGACCCAAGCAGGGACGAAAGAAGGAAACGGAUGACCUGCGGCCCCUAAUUAAUAAGUACAAGAACAUGAUAAGUGGAAAUCAAGGCGGCGGCGGUGUCACGGGAGGUAAAAUUAAGAAACCUAAGCGUACCAAGUGGUACACGGAGUAAAGUUUCCUUGUGUAGAUUAAGAAAUGUCGCCUAAGCAAUAAAACUGUAAAUGAAGAACCAA